AUGUACCAACAAGGUAGGAUCACGGACAUAUUUGCUGUUGUCUUCAUGGAAUGGAGUUAUCCAAUGUGCUGGUACUUCACAUGUACCUACUUUGUAUUUACCUGGAAACAGACACCACUUCAUUUUACAGCCCUGUUACUAGUACAUACAGAUAACUGCCAAAAUAAAGGAAACACUUGAGUAAAUGAGGGAUACAAAGUGUAUUGAAAGCAGGUGCUUCCACACAGGUGUGGUUCCUGAAUUAAUGAAGCAAUUAACAUCACAUCAUGCUUAGGGUCAUAUAUGAAAAUGCCCAGUUGCUCAUUAUUAUGGCUACCAUGGUUAGAAGAAUGGAUCUAAUUGACUUCGAAAGAGGGGUCUCAAAUUAGCAUUGAGGUUUAAAGGGUGUGUCUGCGUGUGUGUGUGUGUGUGUGUGUGUUUGUGUGUGUGUGUGUCAAGGUUAUUAUAGUUAGCUAAAACUAAACUAAAACUAAAAUUGUAAAAACAAUUUACUAAACUAAAACUAUAGUGAAACUAUUAUAUUUGACUGCAAAACUAACUCAAAUAGAAUAUAUUUUUUUAUAAAUGAUGUUCAGUUUUAGUUUUUUUUUUACUUUGGGCAAAAAUCAAAUAGGGUUUUCAAGCUUUUUUUUAUGGGGUUUUCGAGCUUCUGAUUCUGGCGGGUAAAUGCUGCCAGUAGAUGGCAGUGUUUAACCAGAGAGGUAAAGCGAAGCGAGAUGAUUACCUCCGCCAAAAAUCUGUCCCCAUGAGAUAAGCAGACCUUUUUGCAUGGCGAUCUAUGAGAGUUUUAAAUUACGUGAGGCUUCUUUGAUCAAAAAGAGUAAUGUUUAGGUUUUUACGAAUGUACUGAUAUAAGUGGAUGCACAUGGCAUUCUGCAACUUUGAGAAAAACAACUUAGUUGUGUCUGUUGUUCACACGCGUUUUUGUCCUCUCAUUGGCUAGAAUGGUCCCACCUGAUGUCGUCUCCUCUCGCCUGCCUUCCAUCUUUGAGGACAUGUAUUUUAAUUGUUAGAACGGUUACUUGAACAUCUUGUCAAUACCUGUAUAAUAGAUAAUGUUUGCUAUCAAUAGCUAAUAACAGGGAAGAAAUCCGGGGCAGAGAUAGUAAAGAAAGCGAGACACCACCUCAUUUUUUUCUGAUCGGGGCAGGGCCACUCUGGUCUGCUUAUUGCCCCCGCCCUGCGGAGGGGCUGCCCUAGAGCGAAACAUCUCACUGGCAAUAAGCAGACCAGAGUGCCCUACCUCGACCAGAAAGAUUUGCCAGUCUUGGGCACCCCCUCCGCAGGGUGGGGGCAAUAAGUAGACAAUGGUUGUGUUCCCCUGCUCAGAAAUUGCAUGCAUCAACCAAUGGUUGCGUGCCACGUCAUCGACUGUGUCAUCAACUGACAGAUUUCUAUAACAUAUGAUGUGGUUAGCUGAUACUUAAAAUACCUAUCCAGGAGUUAUAAGAUCUGUCAGGCAUCAGCAAUGUCUAAGCUCUGGAAUGCGGCCUAAAAUUGAUUUAUAAUUUAAACCUAACCAAACCUAUAACCAUCACCUUAUUACUGCCCCCAAGUGGCAUGAAGGGACAUCCCCCCAAAAAACGAACUAUAGGCCUACAACACAUAAAUGGCUCCUAGCCCCCCAUACAUAGGGUACUGUCCUUUCUGUCCCUAACACUAAAACUAAAACUGAAACUAAAUAAUAUAAAAAUGAAAUAUAAAUGUUUUUAUCAAACUGAAACGAAAUAAAAACGAGUAUAUCAAAUCUGAAAACGAACUGAAACUAAACUGAAUGUCAAAUCAAAUCUAAAAACGAGUAGAAAUAACAACUAAUAUAAAAUCACAGUGUGUGUGUCUGUUUGUGUGUGUAUUUAUGUGUGUGUGUGUGUGUGUGUGUGUGUGUGUGUGUGUGUGUGUGUGUGUGUGUGUGAGUGUGUGAGUGUGUGUGUGUCACACACUGUGUGUUAUUUACAGGAAAUUUACUUGGUAUGUUUAUUAUGUCUGUACAAUAAUUUGACUAAAUCAUAAAGAGGGAUAAUUGACCUUCAAGUUUCUGAUAUCUACAAUGAGUAUAUCAAACAUUAGGAACACCUUCCUAAUAUUGAGUUGCCCUCAGAAAAGCCUCAAUUCGUCGGGGCAUGGACUCUACAAGGUGUUGAAAGCGUUCCACAUGGAUGCUGGCCCAUGUUGACUCCAAUGCUUCCCACAGUUGUGUCUAAUUAGCUGGAUGUCUUUUGGGUGGUGACCAUUCUUGAUACACAUGGGAAACUGUUGAGCAUGAAAAACCCAGCAGCGUUGCAGAUCUUGACACAAACCGGUGUGCCUUGCACCUACUACCAUACCCUGUUUAAAGGCACUUAAAUAUUUUGUCUUGCCCAUUCACCCUCUGAAUGGCACAAAUACACAAUCGAUGUCUCAAAAAAGUAUUAUUUCACCUGUCCCCUCCCCUUCAUCUACACUGAUUGUAGUGGAUUUAACAAGUGACAUAAAUAAGGGAUCACCUGCUAUCACCUGGAUUCACCUGGUCAGUCUAUGUCAUGGAAAGUGUAGGUGUUCUUAAUUUUUUUUUUUACUCAGUGUAUACAGUAUUAGCAAUGGCUUCAUUUGACAUCCCUCUUACCUCCUAUCUACCCUGUAAGUGUGAAGGAGGUACCUUGUAAAAACAGGGUACGAUCACAAAAUUUUUUGCUCUUGUCAACAUUGGAUGGAGUCGUCCAAUGCAGUGGAACCUCACAAGUAACUACUUGUACUGUAUAUAUGCUGAAACAGACACCACUUCAUUUUACAGGUCUGUUACUAUGAACAUACAUGCUAACUAAAGGUAAAGGUAACCUCCUGAGUGGCGCAGUGGUCUAAGGCACUGCAUCGCAGUGCUAACUGUGCCACUAGAGAUCCUGGUUCGAAUCCAGGCUCUGUCGCAGCCGGCCGCGACCGGGAGACUCAUGGGCGGCGCACAAUUGGCCCAGUGUCGUCCAGGGUAGGGGAGGGAAUGGCCGGCAGGGACGUAGCUCAGUUGAUAGAGCAUGGCGUUUGCAACGCCAGGGUUGUGGGUUUGAUUCACUAACUGUAAGUCGCUCUGGAUAAGAGCGUCUGCUAAAUGACUAAAAUGUAAAUGUAAAGUACAUAGAAACAACGGGAGAGAAUAUCAACACAAGAGGAUGACUUGAAGGCAUUUAUUUAGUAAUUACGUGGUAAUAAAUUAUAAAUGACAAUGUAUGUUCAUUGGUGUUUCUUAGGUAUUACAUUGAAAGAGACAGGCGUGACUAGGUAUUUUCAUAGUUAUAAACUGGUACUUACUUGUACUUACCUAAAUUAUGACUAAAUAAAUAUGUACAGUAGUGCUUACUUGCUUGGUUUCUAGUAAGUACAUUUAAGACUAAAUUGUUAGUACGUAAUCGUAUUUAGUUUUUGUUACUAUAUUUUUACCUAGUAAAUACAUAGUAAUUAACGGGCUAUAACAUUUUGACAUUUACAUUUUCGUCAUUUAGCAGACGCUCUUAUCCAGAGCAACUUACCAAAUCUGUGCAUUCACCUUAUGAUAGCCAGUGGGACAACCACUUUACAAUAUGUUUUUUUUUUUCUCUUUGGGGUGGGGUAAGGGGGGGUAGAAGGAUUACUUUAUCCUAUCCCAGGUAUUCCUUAAAGAGGUGGGGUUUCAAGUGUCUCCGAAAGGUGGUGAGUGACUCCGCUGUCCUGGCGUCGUGAGGGAGCUUGUUCCACCAUUGGGGUGCCAGAGCAGCGAACAGUUUUGACUGGGCUGAGCGGGAACUGUGCUUCCGCAGAGGUAUGGGGGCCAGCAGGCCAGAGGUGGAUGAACGCAAUGCCCUUGUUUCGGUGUAGGGACUGAUCAGAGCCUGAGGGUACGGAGGUGCCAUUCCCCUCACAGCUCCGUAGGCAAGCACCAUGGUCUUGUUGCAGAUGCGAGCUUCAACUGGAAGCCAGUGGAGUGUGCGGAGGAGCGGGGUGACGUGAAAGAACUUGGGAAGGUUGAACACCAGACGGGCUGCGGCGUUCUGGAUGAGUUGUAGGGGUUUAAUGGCACAGGCAGAGAGCCCGGCCAACAGCGAGUUGCAGUAAUCCAGACGGGAGAUGACAAGUGCCUGGAUUAGGACCUGUGCCACUUCCUGUGUAAGGCAGGGUCGUACUCUGUGAAUAUUGUAGAGCAUGAACCUACAGGAUCGGGUCACCUCCUUGAUGUUAGCGGAGAACGACAGGGUGUUGUCCAGGGUCACGCCAAGGCUCUUUGCACUCUGGGAGGAGGACACAACGGAGUUGUCAACUGUGAUGGCGAGAUCAUGGAACGGGCAGUCCUUCCCCGGGAGGAAGAGCAGCUCCGUCUUGCCGAGGUUCAGCUUGAGGUGGUGAUCCGUCAUCCACACUGAUAUGUCUGCCAGACAUGCAGAGAUGCGAUUCGCCACCUGGUUAUCAGAAGGGGGAAAGGAGAAGAUUAAUUGUGUGUCGUCUGCGUAGCAAUGAUAGGAGAGGCCAUGUGAGGAUAUGACAGAGUCAAGUGACUUGGUGUAUAGCGAGAAUAGGAGAGGGCCUAGAACUGAGCCCUCGGGGACCCCAGUGGUGAGAGCACGUGGUGCGGAGACAGAUUCUCGCCAUGCCACCUGGUAGGAGCGACCUGUCAGAUAGGACGCAAUCCAAGAGUGAGCCACGCCGGAGAUGCCCAACUCAGAGAGGGUGGAGAGGAGGAUCUGAUGGUUCACAGUAUCAAAGGCAGCAGAUAGGUCUAGAAGGACGAGAGCAGAGGAGAGAGAGUUAGCUUUAGCAGUGCGGAGAGCCUCCAUGACACAUAGAAGAGCAGUCUCAGUUGAAUGACCAGUCUUGAAACCUGACUGGUUUGGAUCAAGAAGGUCAUUCUGAGAGAGAUAGCAAGAGAGUUGGCUAAAGACGGCACGCUCAAGAGUUUUGGAGAAAAAAGAAAGAAGGGAUACUGGUCUGUAGUUGUUGACAUCGGAGCGAUCGAGUGUAGGUUUUUUGAGAAGGGGUGCAACUUUCGCUCUCUUGAAGACGGAAUGGACAUAGCCAGCGGUCAAGGAUGAGUUGAUGAGCGAGGUGAGGUAAGGGAGAAGGUCUCCGGAAAUGGUCUGGAGAAGACAGGAGGGGAUAGGGUCAAGCGGUUAGGUUGUUGGGCGGCCGGCCGUCACAAGUCGCAAGAUUUCAUCUGGAGAGAGAGGGGAGAAAGAAGUCAAAGCAUAGGGUAGGGCAGUGUGAGCAGGACCAGCGGUGUCAUUUGACUUAACAAACGAGGAUCGGAUGUCGUCAACCUUCUUUUCAAAAUGGUUGACGAAGUCAUCCACAGAGAGGGAGGGGGGGGGGGGGGGGGGGGGGGGGGAUUCAGCAGGGAGGAGAAGGUGGCAAAGAGCUUCCUAGGGUUAGAGGCAGAUGCUUUGAAUUUAGAGUGGUAGAAAGUGGCUUUAGCAGCAGAAACAGAUGAAGAAAAUGUAGAGAGGAGGGAGUGAAAAGAUGCCAGGUCCGCAGGGAGUCUAGUUUUCCUCCAUUUCCGCUCGGCUGCCCGGAGCCCUGUUCUGUGAGCUCGCAGUGAGUCGUCAAGCCACGGAGCAGGAGGGGAGGACCGAGCCGGCUGGGAGGAUAGGGGACAUAGAGAGUCAAAGGAUGCAGAAAGGGAGGAGAGGAGGGUUGAGGAGGCAGAAUCAGGAGAUUGGAGGGAGAAGGAUUGAGCAGAGGGAAGAGAUGAUAGGGUGGAAGAGGAGAGAGUAGCGGGAGAGAGAGAGCAAAGGUUGCGACGGCGCAUUACCAUCUGAGUAGGGGCAGAGUGAGUAGUAUUGGAGGAGAGCGAGAGAGUUGCAGUGAGAUUAGUAGAAGAACAGCAUCUAGUAAAGAUGAGGUCAAGCGUAUUGCCUGCCUUGUGAGUAGGGGGGGACGGUGAGAGGGUGAGGUCAAAAGAGGAGAGGAGUGGAAAGCAGAGAAAAAUGAGUCAAAGGUAGACGUAGGGAGGUUAAAGUCACCCAGAACUGUGAGGGGUGAGCCAUCCUCAGGAAAGGAACUUAUCAAGGCGUCAAGCUCAUUGAUGAACUCUCCAAGGGAACCUGGAGGGCGAUAAAUGAUAAGGAUGUUAAGCUUGAAUGGGCUAGUGACUGUGACAGCAUGGAAUUCAAAUGAGGAGAUAGACAGAUGGGUCAGGGGAGAAAGAGAGAAUGUCCACUUGGGAGAGAUGAGGAUUCCUGUGCCACCACCCCGCUGACCAGAUGCUCUCGGGGUAUGCGAGAACACAUGGUCAGACGAGGAGAGAGCAGUAGGAGUAGCAGUGUUUUCUGUGGUAAUCCAUGUUUCCGUCAGCACCAAGAAGUCGAGGGACUGGAGGGUAGCAUAGGCUGAGAUAAACUCUGCCUUGUUGGCCGCAGAACGGCAGUUCCAGAGGUUCGAUUCCCACGGGGAGCCAGUGUGAAAUAAUUUUUAAAAUAUAUAUAUAAAUAAUGUAUGCACUCACUAACUGUAAGUUGCUCUGGAUAAGAGCGUCUGCUGAAUGACUAAAAUGUAAAAUGAGAGAACAGGGACAAACAGACACAUAGUUGACAGGCUACAGAAAAUGGCUACAAUAAUGCAAAGGAGAUCGGGUUAAUGCAAAAAUGAAGGGUUACCCUCAUUCCCCUCUCUCUCUCUCUCUCUCUCUCUCCACACAGGUGCUUCGAGUUUUCAGUUUUGUUGUCUCCUCUCUUUUUCUGAUUCACGAUACCUCAUUACACAUAAACAACAUGGUAAAGAUCUGCUGUAUGAAGCCCAGCUGAGCUGCGGUGUAUGUUCUUUGAGUUAAGUUAGAGAGAUGUAAAGACCAGAGGGACAUACUACGAUUGAAGCUAGAUGUACUGAGGGUUUUCUAAAGCUAGCCAGCUUCAGUUACUGUAGCUUCCCAUUCCAGUUCAGGCUUCAUCCAUACUACGAUAGUGGAUAUUGCUCUAUUUUUGAACACACAAAAACAUUUGAUUAAUCAAAUAUUUAGUCAGUAGUCUUCCUCAAAUGAAGGGGAUGAUGAGAGGGAGGGAAUCUGAUUUCAUUGGUCCUCUUAUAUUUCUACCGCUGGAACACAGAAACCUCAUAUCCUUCACCCUAGCACUGACUUAAUUCUGUCUGUCUGUUUGUCUGUUAACUCGAGAGUUUUGAUUAAUGGCUCAGUCCACAAGAGGCCAUGCAGUUUUCUGGGCCCAGUCCCGUGCCCUAGACUAAAAAGCGCUUUCGAUUAACAUUCUCCAUUGAGCAUGAAUCUUAGUACAGGAAUAGGUGCGAUCUGGGUCCGGGAAAUCUCUAGAUGUUCUACAUGAUCUCAUGACAACCAGCACUUCCUGAUAAAGGAAGCAGCGCCUUUCACAAAGGUCCUCUUUCUCCUCUUAUAAAACUGAUUUUAUGUCUCCACUGUUUUCUUGUGGAAGAUGAAGACUUUUGAUUAGAUGGCUAAGCUCUAUAACAGUAUAACUGUGGAACUCCCCCAUGCAGGCUUCCAUGUACUGAGCCUCACAGAAGAGGCCUAUAGAUCACUAGAUACAGCGGGGGUCUCUCUCACCAUUGGCCCGGCAGGGGGCCAGAAACACACCUUGCUAGCUGCCUAGAAGGUGAAAGAAUGUUCUGGAGAAUUUGAUGAUCGGCGAAAAGUAGCACAGUGCCAGUUUAGAAAGCAACAAUGGCAGGACGAGGGUGAAAACAUGCUCUUUCUUACUCGCUUUCUCACACUGACUUCCUCUCUCUCACAAGCUCUCCCUAUCCUGAUCUCGCUUUCUCUCCCUUCUCUAUCUCACUCUCUUUCUCUCCCCCUUUCUUCACCCCUCCCUCUGUCUCUUUGGCAUGCUGCGGUAUGUGUUUUUAUUAAAGUGAGAGAGCGGUUGGGUUGACGUUGCUCAGAGGGUGCCGGCGAGGCUAAACGCUUGAGGGACGCUACAUGAACCGCCUGUUUUACACACAAACAACUACUUACUUAUCCAAACUCUGGCCUGGAAUGUAUGCAGCAAUAUUGGAUGUGACUCUCUUAUGUGUGUAUGUGUGAGCAUGCAUGUGUACAUGUACACUGAGUAUACCAAACAUUAGGAACACCUUCCUCAUUCUUUUGCCCUCAGAACAGCUUUAAUUCGUCGGGGCAUGGACUUUUCUACAAGGUGUCGAAAGCGUUCCACAUGGAUGCUGGCCCAUAUGGACCAAUGCUUCCCACAGUUGUGUCAAGUUAGCUGGGUGUCCUUUGGGUGGUGGACCAUUCUUCAUAUGCAUAGGAAACUGUUGAGCGUGAAAAAUCCAGCAGUGUUGCAGUUCUUAACACAAACCGGUGUGCCUGGCACCUACUACCAUACCCCGUUCAAAGGCACUUAAAUCUUGUGUCUUGCCCAUUCACCCUCUGAAUGGCACACAUACACAAUCCAUGUCUCAAUUGUCUCAAGGCUUUAAAAUCCUUCUUUAACCUGUCUCCUCCCCUUCAUCUACACUGAUUUAAGUGGAUUUAACAAGUGACAUCAAUAAGGGAUCAUUCAUAGCUUUCACCUGUAUUCACCUGGUCAGCCUAUGUCAUGGAAAGAGCAGGUGUUCUUAAUAUUUUCUAUCCUCAGUGUAAUGUCUGUGUGUGCAUGUGUGUGUGUGUAUGUUUUCAUGUGCAUGUGUGUGUGGAGACAAAGCAACAGGGAUGGGGGUUAGAAUUGGGUUGAGAGGCUCUGGUAAUUGUUCAACCAAAUAAUCCUGGAAGGAUCGGCCAGUUCCCCCUCUUAGAGGGGAGCUGAUACCCAUGCCACAUUUCGAGGAGUGUGCCAAAUUCUUUGUCCCGUACAGAAGUUCAAGUUGCUGUUCUAUAUGGUGGCAGGGGGUGACUGUGUGGAGUGGAAAGCUCUCAAAUGUCCAACGCCCUAAUUGAGGUUAAACUGAAACUGUAUACCAUAAUCUAGGUAUGAAACUAUAGCCUGGUUGCAUAUGCUGGUGGGUACACACUGCAAUCUCAGCUUCAGGUUUUAAUGAAGAAGAAACAUAAGCUAAUGCUUCAACGGAACUGCGUUAGUGUGUGGUGUGCUAAAGAACACACACACAUGCAGGCACACAAACACGCACACACACACCACACACACACACACACACACACACACACACACACACACACACACACACACACACACACACACAUUCAUAUGAGGUAUAACAGCAUGACUUUAGAAGUCUUACAGUCAACUCUAGUUCCUUAGGUCACUAAUGGAACUCCAAUUAGUCACAAAGUGUCAGUGUGAGGGGGGGGGAGUACACAUGAUCUGUCUGAUGUAGACAGAUGGAAAUGUCUACAUCAGCUCUUUUUUACUGUCUGAACUAUGACACACACACACACACACACACACACUCCGCUUAUAUUCAUCUUGAUGUCCAUUCCUUGGGUUUCACUUCCCGUCCGUCGAGGUGUUUAACGGCACAACUGCCUGGUCAGGAAUAAUAAAGAGAGCUGGCAGAGUUAUUAAUACACACAGUGUCUCCUCGAGACGCGCGCGCGCUGCCUCUCUCGCUAGCGAGAUAGCGCGCGCGGGCGGCGAUAGACGCGCUCGCCUCUCCGCUCUCGCCUCCUCUCUCGCUCUCUCUCUCUCUCUCUCUCUCUCUCUCUCUCUCUCCUCUCUCUCUAUCUCUCACAAACACACACACAACACACACACAACACACACAACACACCACACACACACACAACACACACACUUCUCGGAGAACAAUCAGAUAUAUCUAUUUUAUUGAGUUAUGACUGGCCUGCUCAGUUGUCCCCCUCCUAUAAUGUGUUCCAUUUGUCCUCUGUUUCUCCAAGCACGGAGGUCAUGUCUCUCAAAGGUGUCAUGAGAAAGAAAGCUGUGGCCCAGUGUGUGUGUGUGUGUGUGUGCAAAUAUGUGCCUACACAUGAACUUGUGUUUGUGUAACGUUUUAAGUGCCUGUUUGGUACCAUAUCUCUCUAAAACACUAUAAGGUCAGCAGAGCACUAGCGGUGGUUUGGUAAAGUAACACGCUUCACUACAUGUUAUUGUUGGGCCACUCUGGGUUUGUUUGGUAAUUCAAGGUGUUAUUGUUGGACUCUGGCUGCCUUUGUUAGCGAUCUUUCCAGAGCUACCAAUAGCUACAGUGAGUGUUUGCAAUAAGAAUACACAAAGACUGCUUUAUUGAAGAGAUAGGAUUAAACACGCUUGGCUAUGCAAGUGAUACUAUCAGGGAAUGCCAACCAAAUCAGAUAGUUACACGCCAACGUGGUGCAGGAGAAGAAGAAGAAAUAAGUCCGACAAUGAGAGAUUUCUCAGAGUUUCUGCCAGUUUCCGGGCAGGCGUCGAGACAGAUACGCACACACACUCACUCACUCACGCAUGCAUGCAUGCACACCCACACACACACACCCACACGCACACGCACAUACGCACACGCACGCACGCCCACACACACACACACACACACACACACACACACUGGCCUCCCUACCCCAGAGUGUGUGUCUCUGUUCUGAUGAUUGCCUUAGUUGGUUUCCAGGGGAUGUUUCUCCUGGCCAACUCUCCAUGUCUCUUGUGGAUCUCCAAGAAUUCUCUGGUCUCACUCUCUGUCUCUCUGUCUCUGUCUCUCUCUGUCUCUCUCUCUCUCGAGAUAGAGACGAAGAGAGACGAGAGAGAGAGAUGCAGAGAAGAGUAGAGAGAUCGAGCUCGCGAGCUUCUCUAGCUCUCGCUAUCUCUAUCUCUCUUCUCAUCUCUCUCUCUCUCUCUCUCUCUCUCUCUCUCCUCUCUCCUCUCCUCUCUCUCGUGUUUUCUGUGUGGUUGUCUGUGUGUGUGUGUGUUAAAGCAGUGGAUUCAGAGAGCCCUGUCCAUCCCCCUGUGCUCUAUUCUCUCACCUCUGUUCUCUCAACCCAAUUUACACUCAAUCACUCAGAGAGGAUGAAAGAUGUCUUUUUUUAAUCAUCCGUGGAAUCGGUUGCUUUGGUGAUGUUAAUGUUAAUAUGGAGGAGAGCGCAGAGAGUCACAUCCCAAUGGCUCUGUCGUGUAAAGUUGAGCAGGACUAUUUUGUUUUGCCACUAAGUUAGCUCUUCGGUUUCCUUCCAACCUGGGAUAGGUGAAAGGUCCAGAGAGAGUGGAGGAAGUCAUGAAGGCGACCAUCAGUCAUUCAUACAUUAUGGCUUCGUUUACACAGGCAGCCCAAUUCUCCACUAAUUGGUCUUUUGACCAAUCAGAUCCGCUCUUUUGCCAAUAAGCAAAAUAUCAGAAUUGGACUGCCUGUGUAAACACAGCCUAUGGAGCUCAAACAGUCACCAUGGGCUGCGUUUACACAGGCAGCCCAAUUUUGAUCUUGUUGCCACUAAUUGGCCUUUUGACCAAUCAGAUAAGAUCUUUUGCCAAUAAUUGGGCUGCCUGUGUAAACGUAGCUUAUGUGACCUGUCAUUAUGUUAUCCAGAGAGAAAGGAGUAAAGGGGAGCCACUUGGUGAUGGGGGUCUUGUCUUCAACCCCCCCUGGAAUAAGACUGGAAUAACUUUGCUUUCAUUGUAUCGUGUGCCUGGUGAAUCUAGACCCACUCAUGCACCACUAAUAGUUAUUCUUCCUGGCACAGAACGUUGCGUUCUUGGUAUCCAACUCAGUUUUUGAUUCAUUCAAAGGCAGGCUCCUUUGUUAUGACUACUGGGAUACAUUUGUUUUAACAUCCAACCUCAGCUAAAGUAAAGCCCCAACCUAAACCUGUUCCAUGAAUGGCCUUCUCUGCUGCAGACCUCUGGUUUUUGGUCAUGCUGAAAUCUAGCCGAGGGUUGGAGGUGGAAUGUAUGUAUGGGUGGUUUGGGGAGGGGAUUGGGGAGAGGACAUCUGUUUUGCGUGUGUUAGAGACACAGCCAGAGAUGUGAGUCAAGGCAGGAUACACAUGAUCAGUGGAUAGAAGGCUUUGAUCAGAGGCAGAGCACAGAGCUGAGCACAGCCCCCCCCCCCCCCUUACCUCCUCCCCUCCUUUACCCCUCUCCUUUCUCCCUUACUUCUCCUCCCUCCUUACCUUCUCUCACCCCUACCCAAUCUCCCCUACUCCGUCCUCUUUCCUCAGUUCUUACCUCCCCUCACCUCAUUCCCUACCCCCUUUCACCUCCUAAUAUAUAAUAAUAAUAUAUUGUGAUAUCCUACCAUGCAGAAAGACAGUGAUGGGUAAGAGACAGACGGACAAAGCACAGUCAGUGUCAAGUGACUCAGCUGGGUUUGAUGUUGUUGACUCAAGAGGCCUCUCUCUCUCUUGGCCCAGACUCACGGACUACAUACUAAAGGAAACCAGAUGAUGGAGAUUUGUGUGUGUGUGCAUAAGUCCAUGCGUGUGUAUGUGUACGUGUGUGUGUGCGUGUGUGUGUGUGUGUGUGUGUGAUAUUCUACCUGCUUGUACCAUCCCAGGACUCCCUCCAGACCUCUAUCCCUGUAGAUGGUAUUACUGCUAACGCCAACCAGCUGUGAUGUAGACUGACUGACUGACUGACUGAAGAUACCUACAUACCUUGUGGAGUGAAACGGCUUUGACUUGAGUUUUGUUGUAUGUGCUUUGAUUGACUGUUUGAUCAAAAUAAUACAUACUGUAUAAACAGUACAUACAUUUUAAACAUGUGACAGAGAUAGCACAAUAAAGUCAGAUACUUGUUUCCAUUGUGGUCCCUAAAGUGCAUGGUGCAGAAACAUCCAUCCUGUUAAGUGUUUUGUUUUGCUUUGUUUUGCUUUUUCUCAGAUCUGAGCCCUAUACUACGAAUCAGGUUUGAGCAGUUACCGAGGUAACAUUGGUCAACUCUGAGCUCAACUCGGGAUAACCGGUACCGUGAAAGUAGCUCACCUUUUAGCCAGUUUAAUUUCUAUGGAAACGAAUCCUUCAGAACUAACCUGCUCCCAGGCAGGCUAACUCAAGGCUAAAAGUCAAGUGUCUGAGCCGCAAGUUGAGGAACAAUUAAAUCAGAUUUCCUCCCUCUCAUAAAGAUUGCGUCAUCAUUCCCCUUCAUUUGAGGAAGACGACUGAUGAAAUAUUUUAUUAAUCAAAUGUUUUUUUUUGUGUUCAAAAUAGUAAUGUUAAAAUACCUACCACGUUACACAUUUAGAAAUGACAGAAUGCAUUUAAAACUUCCCACAAAGUAAAACUUGUGUAUACAAUGACUUAAUAUAAUUGUUAUAUCGAUAGAAGUGGGAAAAAAGGUGCUUGUGCAUUGAUAAGCAAAGCACACCAGAGAUGGCAUUAACGAUAAGUAAUAACAUAAAGACUGCCUAUUUGACACAAUAGCCUGCUGAAAUGGCAAAAUAAAUAUUCUUUCAUUUUGAUUUCGACACAAAUUAAAAUGUGGCACUGACUCGGCCAUGGAUUGAUGUUUCAGCAUUGUUUCAAUGAAGAGUUCAGCGUUCGACUAGCCAUGUGCGACAUGCACCCGCAGUGACAAGCCUGCUAGAGUUAGUGGCAGGCAGACGAGCAAUAUCCACCAUCGUAGUACGGAUGAAGCCUGAGCUGGAAUGUGAAGAUAACUGAAGCUGGCUAGCUUUAGAAAAGCCUGAGUAGAUCUAGCUUGCUUCGUAGUAUACUUGCUUCGUAUGGAAUGUUCUCAGGAACUUCCCUGAGCUGGCCAACACAGACAUGGCAUCUCACAACCCUAAUAUACAGGUAGGUUUACACAACCCUAAUGUACAGGUAGGUUUACACAACCCUAAUAUACAGGUAGGUUUACACAACCCUAAUGUACAGGUAGGUUUACACAACCCUAAUGUACAGGUAGGGUUGUGCUGGUAGCCUAGCGGUUAGAGCAUUGGGCCUGUAAGCAAAAGGUCGCUGGUUUGAAUCCCUGAGCCGACUAGGUGUAAAAUUGACUGAUGUGCCCUUGAACAAGGCACUUAACCCUAGUUGCUCUGGAUAAGAGCGCCUGCUAGAGUUAGUGGCAGGUGGAUGAGCAAUGUCCACCAUCAUGGUGAAGCCUGAGCUAGAAUGUGAAGCUGGCUGGCUUUAGAAAAGCCUGAGUAGAUCUAGCUUUGUAGUAUACACCUCCGGUUAGGUGAUGAUGUUGAAUUAGCUAAUUUCGUGUUGUCUUCAGCAUGUUCAUUCAGUCUUAUCUAACUAUGUUAUCUUCAUUCAGUCAGUCUUCAGCAUGUUCAUUCAGUCUUAUCUAACUAUGUGUGGAAUGUUCUGUAAUGCCACAGAAAUGUCAUCUUACAUCAACAUUUAUGAGAUUAUUGUCUCUGAACAUUUCACAACAUUUUAAAAACAUUCAGAGAAAAUGUUCUGAUCCCAAAUAUAGUGUUGCAACAAUAGGACAAAGCUGGUACAUGGGCCUGCAUCAGGACUCUUGUUAAAGAGAUACCUACUCUCAAGUUAUCAUCUCAAUGGAUCAUCUACUGUCAUCUAAUAUCAACCUGUAUGAGGUGAUGCAUGAAAAAAUGAAAUAAUCAUUUGUCUCUUUUUUCUUUAGGCAAUAUCUCAGGCCAGCCCGGGUGGCAAUGUGGGUGAGACUCUGGAGGAUCUCCAGCAGCAGAACCAGCUCCAGAGUCUGGCAUCAUCCAACCCGUCCUCCCAGAGACCCCGACGCCGUGGCUGGUCCCAGGGGGUUCUGCCCAAACCAGAACCAGAGGAGGACCCAGAACCCUUCAUCCUGGACCUCAGGAACUUCCCUGAGCUGGCCAACGCAGACCUGGGAUCUCACAACCCUAAUAUACAGGUAGGUUUACACAACCCUAAUAUACAGGUAGGGUUGUGCAGGUAGCCUAGCGGUUAGACGUUUGGCCUGUAAUCAAAAGGUCGCUGGUUCGAAUCCCUGAGCCAACUGCUGAUGUGCCCUUGAACAAGGCACUUAACCCUAAUUGCCCCUGUAACUCGCUCUGGAUAAGAGCGCCUGCUAAAUGGCAGAAAUGUAAAGGUUUACACAUCCCAGGUAGGUUUACAAAACCCUAAUGUACAGGUAUGAGAGGACACAUAAUUAAAUAUUAUGCUAUGUAUUACAUAGUACACUACAUGACCAAACGUAUGUGGACACCUGCUCGUCGAACAACUAAUUCCAAAAUCAUGGGCAUUAAUAUGAAGUUGGUCUUCGUUUUGCAGCUAUAACAGCCUCCACUCUUCUGGGAAGGCUUUCCACUAAAUGUUCGAACAUUGCUGCAUUAGUGAGGUCGGGCACUGAUGUUGGGCGACUAGGCCUGGCUCGCAGUCGGCAUUCCAAUUCAUCCCAAAGGUGUUCGAUGGGGUUGAGGUCAGGGCUCCUGUGCAGGCCAGUCAAACCAUUUCUGUAUGGACCUUGCAUUUGUGCACAGGGGCAUUGUCAUGCUGAAACAGGAAAGGGCCUUCCCCAAACUGUUGCCACAAAGUUGGAAGCAUAGAAUCGUCUAGAAUGUCAUUGUAUGCUGUAGCGUUAAGAUUUCCCUUCACAGGAACUAAGGGGCCUAGCCCGAACCAUGAAAAACAGCCCCAGACCAUUAUUCCUCCUCCCCCAAACGUUACAGUUGGCACUAUGCAUUUGGGCAGGUAGCGUUCUCCUGGCACCCGCCAAACACAGAUUCGUCCGUCGGACUGCCAGAUGGUGAAGUGUGAUUCAUCACACCUGAGAGCGCGUUUCCACUGCUCCAGAGUCCAAUGGCGGCGAGCUUUACACCCCUCAAGCCGAUGCUUGGCAUUGCGCAUGGUGAUCUUAGGCUUGUGUGUAGCUGCUCUGCCAUGGAAACCCAUUUCAUGAAGCUCCUGACGAACAGUUCUUGUGCUGAUGUUGCUUCCAGAGGCAGUUUGGAACUCAGUAGUGAGUGUUGCAACCGAGGACAGAUGAUUUUUACGCUCUACGCUCUUCAGCACUCGCCGGUCCCGUUCUGUGAGCUUGUGUGGCCUACCACAUCGCGGCUGAGCCGUUGUUGCUCCUAGACCUUUCCACUUCACAAUAACAGCACUUACAGUGAUUUUACAUACAUUUUACGAACUGACUUGUUGGAAAGCUGGCAUCCUAUGACAGUGCCACAUUGAAAGUCACUGAGCUCUUCAGUAAGGCCAGUCUACUGCCAAUGUUUGUCUAUGGAGAUCGCAUGGCUGUGUGCUCGAUUUUAUACACCUGUCAACAAUGGGUGUGGCUGAAUAGCCAAAUCCACUAAUUUGAAGGUCUGUCCACAAACUUUUGUAUAUAUAGUGUAUCUCUGGAGCUCUUCUGUUUAGUACAUCAGAGUAUAUCAGACAAUGUUAUGGUUGUAUGGGCUAGGUAGAGUUUCCAGUAUUGCUUACAUCCAUCCAACGAUCCUUUUAGAUCUACCAGUAGUGUUUUUAGAUCAACCAUUAGUGUUGAUUGAAGAAGUUAAGAAAAGGAAGCUAUUGAAGAGCAUUGGGAUGAAGUCUGUAUCUUUAUAUUGAUGAUGAAUUGGAAGGAAGCUUAAUGUAAUAAUGUUACUAUCUUACCGUUGUCUCAAUGACCCCAAAGCUUUAUAGUACCCUAUCACUCUGGCAUAGGGAAGGAUGACUGUCUUGGCUUACAUAGUUAGUUUAGUAAACCUAGAGUAUUCACAGCAAAGAUCUCAGGAUGUUUUUAAUGGCAGCUCCAGAACAAUGAUGCACACACACACACACACACACACAGCCCUGCACAUAUGCAUCAUUAUUGUUGACAGCCAAUUUAUUCAGCGACAACCUUUUGCACCUGGUUUUGCAAUCCAGCUUCUCUGUAUAAUGUGAGAGCCAUGCCAAAGCCCGGUCGACAGCUAAUUCUCACAGGGCUGCAUGUUAGAGUAAUUUAGAAGCAUAAUGACUUUAGGUUAACAGAAAACAACUGAGGUACCAGAUUGCUGGAUUGAGUGCUUUUAGUAAAUGUUAGCCGAUGGGUAAUAACAAUGUAUGGUUGGAAAGGUGUUAGUCUCAAACUGUGCCUGCCCUGGAGCCAACUAGCAGAACGUAGCUCAUCAAAUUAUUGAAUCCAGGGGAAGGUACACUCUUAGAAAAAAAGGGUUCCAAAAGGGUUCUUUGGCUGUCCCCAUAGGAUAACUAUUCUUAGUUCCAGGUAGAACUCUUUUUGGUUCCAGCUAGAACUCUUUUGGGUUCCAUGUAGAAUUCUCUGUGUAAAGGGUUCUACAUGGAACUCAAAAGGGUUCUACCUGGAACCAAAAAGGGUUAUUCAAAGGGUUCUCCUAUGGGAACAGCCGAAUAACCAUUUUUAGGUUAUCGAUAGCACAUUUCUUUCUAAGAGUGUACCAUGUUUCGAUCCAGCACGAAAAACACUUAAUAACUCAUGUUCUUCUUAACUGAGUAAGUUCAGAAGGAAACAGUUACUGUAUGGGGCAAGGAAGUUACUUUCUUUAAAGUGGGCUGAAUGCUAACUAGAACUCAGAGACUUCUGUGUACAUCAUGCACAUCAUUCAAGUUAAGCACACACACAGUUGAGUUCCCUAGUUAGUCCUGGGCGAAAGGCAGUAUUUAUUAGGGUUAGAGACUGUAUUCCUCUAGUGGUGUCUCAUAUCUGAUCGCUGCUACCAAACACACUGUGAACCACUGGCCAACAGUGGAGUUUAUAAGGCUCUCUGUUUUCCUUGCAUUUCAUUAAGUUGUUCAUUUAUCCCUUUCAUUUCUUUCUUGUUAUUAUUGUAAGAGGCUGCAGGGACUCCAGAAAAAGAAGGGAGGUGGGGCGUUUGCUCUAAAGCUCAUUGUAUCACCCCAACACACAUGCAAACUCACACACACACACACACACACACACACACACACACACACACACACACACACACACACACAGGCACACACACGCAUGUACACACAGACACGCAGACAAACACACACACACAUGCACACACACAUGCACAUACACUGACUCCCCCUCCCAUCUUUCUUCACAGCUGUUUUGAGUCGGAGCGGCCUCUUAAAUUUCCCCAUGCGAGACCUUUACAGUGGGGUGCUUCAAGUCUGCCAUGAUGCUUGAACAUCUGCAUAGGGUUUAGGGAGAGGGCAGAGAAAAAACUGAAAGAAAGCCAAAUCUAAGGGGUGAGAGGUCACCGCAUUAUUUUAACAAACACUUUUUAAUGUGCUCUCCAUGCGCAGCAGAUCUCGAUUAUCUCAAAGGUGCUUUUUUAUACUAAAGUAUGAAAAAAAACAUUUAUUUUAUUUUUAGUGUUAUUGCGGAGGGUUUAUGUGUGCAAGUGGAUUUGAAAGGAAAUUAAGUUAGACUUUGGGGAAAAACUGACACAAGAGAAGCCCAGGUAUCCAGAAAUUGAAAGCGCCUCAUUAUUAUAACAAGGAAAAUGUGUUCUUCAUCCAAGUGGGAUUGGGCCAUCCUCCUCUAGUCUAUAGGAACCAGACAAAGCUAUUUGGUUUUAUAAGUCUUUCUUUGGGAGCCAGCGGCUAAUAUCCUUGGUUGCUUUAGUGGGCUUUUUACCUUGUUAUCACGUCGGCUGGAAUUCAUUGGUUUUGACUGUGGAGGGUCAUAGCGUGACAAACUGAGUGAACCGUACCAGACUGUACUGGCACACUAUGGGGAAUAGAAUACAACGAUAGAGUAGAAUAGAAUAGAACCAAAUAGAACCAAAUGCAUCCAAAUAUAAAUAAUGGUGUUAAAAUAGUUUUGUCUUGCAUAUAUACACACGCACACAAACACUGGCCGCUCUUCCCUUCAUCGUUGACAAAUUACCAACAUUUUGUAUAGUACAAUCUCCUGAUUGACAAUACACAGGAACUAUUUUACUGGAGUGGCUUAGUUCCCUAUGGUUUGUCUGCGGCAUUAAUACUGGAAGUGCCUGUCCUUCAGAUCCACAGUAAUGUAUGAGUCACAGCCUAUAAUGGGUCGUAGUUAGGCCUAAUACACUUCCUCCACUUACCGCUCAGACAGGCGGGAGGAGCUCAGCUUCAAUAUGCAGAGGUCUUAUACAGUACACUACGCUACAGUCCAACUUCACCCUACUGACAACUAGGAAGAGCCAUUCAGUGGGCUGUCUAUUUCCUCUCUUUGCCCCUUGGAAUCCUACUACUUCACACAUUGGUUUUUAAAUCAAGCAUAGUCAUAUUUUUAUAUAUGAAUCUUCCUUGACUUGUUGGUCUAUUGACAAUUAUUGUCAACAGAGAGAGAGAUAGAGACAGAGAGGGAAAGGGAGAGGGAGGGAGGGAGAGAGAGAGAGAGAGAGAGAGAGAGAGAGAGAGAGAGAGAGAGAGAGAGAGAGAGAGAGAGAGACAGGGAGAGGGAGAGGGAGAGAAAGAUGAUGCUAAGGGUCUGAGAAGCAUAAGACUAGUAGCCAUGACUCACCGUCCUAAUCUGUGUCUUUAGCCAGUGGGUUGUCUUUAUAAACAGUUGUAGCAGCCAUCAGAUGGUAACUACUAGCAGAAGCAUAAACAACCAUGCCUUUGUCUGGACCUGCGGGCUCGUGGCAGGGACAGGGAGGUAGUCUAUCAGUCUAUCCCCUAUCCCUCUAUCUUGCUUCCUCCAUCUCUAGCUACCCCUCCCUCCCUCUCCUCUCUACCACCACACACCCCUAUCCCACUCCUCACUCCUUCUAUCACUCCCCUACUCCACCUCGCUUCUCUACCCCUCUCUAUCCUGCUUUCUCCCUCCCUCUACCUAUACACCUCCCUUUACACCCCCACUCUACCAUGCUCUCAGUCUAACUCCCCCGCUCCCGCCAUCCCUUUUCACUCUUCCGCACUGUCCUCUACCUCCCUCCAUCUCUCCAGCUUCCUCUGUCCAUUCCCUACUUCCCCAACCACCUUCCCUCCUUCUCCCUUCAUCACAUGUGCCUGGACACGCUGUCUACAAACCUACCUACCUACACACCCGCUUCCCUCAGUACCCUGGUUGGUUCGUCCCAAGAAUCCAGUGGGUUCAGAUAAGACAUCAGACUGGUACCAAGGCAACAGGGCUGGGGCGGAACAGACCAUGUUGUCAGACGGGGGUGGAAGGGGGUUGUUUAUUUUUCUUUACAAUGUUUGAAAGAUGUUAUUUUUUGCCCUUACAUUGUUGCCCGUCUGGGGCUGAUGCUGUAGAUGUUAGGUUGUUUACAGUAGAAGCAGUAUGUUGGUAAUAGUAAUGUUAGUAUAUAGAAUGGUAAUGUUAGUGGAAUGGCAAUGUUAGUGGAAUGUUAAUGGAGUGGUAAUGCUAGUAGAAUGGUAAUGCUAGUGGAAUGGUAAUGCUAAUGGAAUGGUAAUGCUUGUGGAAUGGUAACGGUAGUGGAAUGGUAAUGUUAGUGGACAGUGGACAGUGGAGUUUUUCCUGAACACGUGGCAUGACUAUGGAAACAUCUGGUCUCUAGUUGUUAUUGCCGGUAUAACUAGGACCCAGAGUUUUUCCUUGUGAGGUCAUGUGGUCAGGAAAAACACCUGGUCCUAGUCAUAUUUUCACCAGGAAGUACAUACCACAUACAGUACUGGAAGGGUUGUUUUCCUAUUGCUAUAGUUUCUUUAACUUCUGUUGCAUUCCCUUCAUACCGUUGCUAGCCUGCCUUCGAUUGCUGUGACUACAGUUACAGAAGCAGUUUUGUGGCCAGUGUAUGUGAUGUGUUAUCAGUAUUACUCUACAGUCAUGGCUGUUUUACCAUCAUCUGGGAAAGUACUGUGUGUUCAAUAAUUACUGGCCAUCAACCGCACCAGAGUCUGUGACACCUGCCUGCGCCCCAAAUGGCACCCUACUCCCUAUAUGGUGCAUUACUAUCAGUCCUGGUCAAAAGUAGUGCACUAUAUAGGGAAUAGUGUGCCAUUUGGGAUGCUGCCUGUAAGACUCCAUAAGAUUACACAAGCAAUUGUGUUGAAUGUUACUCUUGGCAACAGGUCUGGUCCAGAGGCAAUUUACUCUAUGAUUUUGUUACAAUUUGCUGAGGAUAAUUGUGAAGUGUGAAAUCACACCCUCUAUUCCCAGUUGUAGAAAGGUUCACUUUUAUAAAGGUUUCACAUUAUUCACUUGUGAUUUCACAGAAUGCAAUAUUUUAUACAUGAAAGGAGGACUGGAGACCUGGGAUUAUCACUUGAAUUAGUAUUUAGUUAGUACACACAUGUUGAGAAGGGUGCAAAAGCCAUGUGUGUUUGGCAUUGGCAUGUUGUUCAAGGCGUUGAAAGAAGUAUUUCAUUUUAAACCUAUAGCUCACAAAAUCUCUUUCAUAGUGUAUUCUCUCUCUCUCUCUCUCUCUCUCUCUCUCUCUCUCUCUCUCUCUCUCUCUCUCUCUCUCUCUCUCUCUCUCUCUCACGCUCUCUCUGUCUCUCUGUCUCUCUCUUUCUUUCUCUCUUUCUUUCUCUCUCGCUCUCUCUCUGUCUUUCUGUCUCUCUGUCUCUCUUGUUCUCUCUCGCCUCCCCCCUCACCACCAGGUGACCAUCGAGGUGGUGGAGGACCCACAGACGGAGAUGGAGAUGGACCUGGCCAAGGAGGGGGGGGAGGGGGGCCGCAACGACUGGUCCCUGUCAUCGGAGGAGUGGCUGGGCCACAAGAAGCUGUUCUGGCCCCUGUUCUGGGAGUACCCAGACCAGGCUGAGACUGAGAGCGGGCCUGGCAGCAGGGCCAGCCUGGAGGAACAGGAGCAGCCCACAGAGGACUAUAACUAUGACCCUGAGGAGCAGGAUCCUGUGCUUAGUGGGACUGGGGGGACUGGGGUGGGGACAGGGGUGGGGGGCGGCUGGGGCAGCCACUGGAGCAGCAAUAAGGGAUGGGACUCCAAGGAGAACUACGGUAAGUUUUUUAUGAUUUAAUGUUUUUGUUGUUGUAAUUAUCAUGAAAUGACAGAUAAAGAAGGAACAAUUCAGCAGAAUCAUGGGUGUUUCUCAAUAUGCAUACUACCGUGCUCCACACUCUCAUGCUCCAAGUGCAUUCUCCGAGGACGUUCUCUUGAGUAUGUUCUUGUGAGGACGAGAGUGUGGAAAACGCAUAAAACAUUACAUUUGACAAGCACUCACACUCCCCUUAGUGUAUUACCUCACGCUGCACCUGGACAUACACAUCAACUUUUUUUUUCCAGCCAGGACAAUGGCAACAAGAUGGAACAAGAUAUACACAAAUCAAACAUUUUACUUCAUAAUUAUCAGCUAGCCGUAUGUGAAUUGUUAUAAUCUAGCUAGCCAGAUAGUUAAACAGGCAAAAAUUACAUGAAACUAAUGUUAUGCAAGGUAGAUAUCAAUUCUUCGUGGGUAGCUAGCUGCCAAUUCUUCGUGGCUAUCUAGCUAGCUAACAGUAGAAGUUAGCCAGUUAGCCCUAUUGACUUACUAUGGGCUCAGUCCUGGCACCAGAAUAACGUGACUAGGGGGGAAGUUGAAAUAGGCGAAGGGGCCAAUUUUGGGGGGGUUCUUGCAUUGGAAUUAUAUUGAAUUCUACUUAUAUGACAAUAAACAUCAAGUUAAAAUGCCUAGACUGAGAUCAUUGAGUGCUUUUGAAAUCUGUAGCCUGUCUCUGCUGCGCUCUAUCAGCACAAUGGAAAAGGCCCUGGUAAUGAAUAUAGGCUACAAGAUAGAUAGGCUGUUUGUAAUAGAUGAAUUGCCCUAUGUGAAUGCAGCUGUGCACACAGCUGUCAAUCUAAAAUAAUGCUAACUAAAUGCUGAAAGUAGUAGCCUAGUUAUUCAUGCAUGCAAACAAAAUACUGAAUUGCAGUUUGGCUUACAAUACAGACGAACUGCAAAUGCGAAUGAACAAAACAGUGGUACCAAGUAGUAGACCUAGUUAACAAAAUAUCAGAUCGAUAAAGGAAUGACAAAAUCUAUAUUUAGGCUAGUUACAUUAACAGUAAACAAACGUAGUAAACAAAAGGCGAAUGGAGAUCCAAAUAACCAAAACAUAGGCUACAGCCUACUAUAGUGACAUGUAGCCAUGCACAGCUGUCUUGCCAAAUAAAUAGGCCUAUACAGGCCCGCUUCAAACAUGGAAAAUCAAGCCACUCGCUCAUGAGUUCAGCAACACGCUGUGAUAUGGCACAAUACACUUCUGUGAAUCAAAUUCGACCUAUGUAAUCAAUUAAGCAAUGCCAGCCUACCAUAAACACGUUUCCAAUACAUACAGUUCCAUUUACAGCAACGAAAACCAAUAGGCUACCAAGAAAACCAUAAUAGAAUGUAUCUAUUUCUAUGACGAAUCAUACCGAUAUGUAGCUAUACCCAGGCGCGUCAUUUGGGUUCUUGCAUUGGAGUUACAUUGAAUUCUGCUGAUAUCAUGCUAUACCAAAAUAAAUAUAUAAGUUCAAAUGCUUUUGACCAAGACAUGACAGGUUCAAUGGCACGAAAUCGCCGCUGUACUCUAUCAGCACCAUGGACAGUGCCCAACACACUAAAGCAAGAUUUUGAUAAAAAAACAACCAGCUAGAUUGUUUCAAUCUUACCUUUUCAAAAGAGUUGCAGCCUCCUUGAUGCUCUGUGGAACUUCCUGAGUAAUCAUUCAAUUCUCCCUGAAAUCUUCUUAUAUAACGCCAGUUGGAUUAAUUGAGCUUUCCUCGGGUGUAGCUUCUUCUGUGCUGACUGAACAUGUUUGUCAAAGUGGACAAAGUAUUUGCCCCCUUUCUAAUUUUCUCUACUUUUGCAUAUUUGUGAUACUGAAUGUUAUCAGAUCUUCAACCAAAACCUAAUAUUAGAUAAAGGGAACAUAAGUGAACAAAUAACACAACAAUCACAUAUUUAUUUCAUUUAUUUCAUAAACAAAGUUAUGCAACACCCAAUUCCCCUGUGUGAAAAAGUUAUUGCCCCCUUACACUCAAUAACUGGUUGUGCCACCUUUAGCUGCAAUGACUCCAACCAAAUGCUUCCUGUAGUUGUUGAUCAGUGUCUCACGUCGCUGUGGAGGAAUUUUGGCCCGCUCUUCCAUGCAGAACUGCUUUAACUCAGUGACGUGUGGGUUUUCAAGCAUGAACUGCUCGUUUCAAGUCCUGCCACAACAUCUCCAUUGGGAUUAGGUCUGGACUUUGACUAGGCCAUUCCAAAACUUCCAAUUUGUUGCUUUUUAGCAAUUUUCAUGUAGACUUGAUUGUGUGUUUUGGAUCAUUGUCUUGCUGCAUGACCCAGCUGCGCUUCAGCUUCAGCUCACAGAUGGAUGGUCUGACAUUCUCCUGUAGAAUUCUCUGAUACAGAGCAGAAUUCAUGGUUCCUUCUAUUAAGGCAAGUCGUCCAGGUCCUGAGGCAGCAAAGCAUCCCCAAACCAUCACACCACCACCACCAUGCUUGACCUUUGGUAUGAUGUUCUUACUGUGGAAUGCAGUGUUUGGUUUUCGCCAGGCAUAAUGGGACCCAUCUCAUCCAAAAAGUUGACUCAAGUUUGCCAAAAAGCACCUGGAUGAUCAUCAAGACUCUUGUAACAACGUUAUAUGGACAGAUGAUUCAAAAGUAUAACUUUUUGGACGACAUGGCUAGCAUCUGCACACACUACAGCAUUUCGCUACACCCGCAAUAACAUCUGCUAAAUACGUGUAUGUGACCAAUACAAUUUGAUUUUAUUUGAUUGUAGGCAGGUAAACAUGCCAAAAUUAACACAGAAUGUAUUUUUUAACGUAUCAAGAUCAAAUAAUGUAGUCAGGAAACAUAUGAGAUGUGAAUGGGCAACAUGUCAUUCUGAAGUCAGAGUUUAUUUUCUCUCGCUUCAGCUCAAAUAAUGGCCAUUGAUUUCAAUACAUUUUACAUAAUUUUUUACGUGGUUGCUUCAUAUUUCUGUGCAUACUUUCGGUUGCAGCUUGCAUCGAUGUAUGCUUCAAAAUAUAUACAAACAGAGUAUACAUCCGAGAAGUGCCCUCCGAGCUCCUUUUCACAUGCUUUGAUUUGGACUCAUACUCCUACCCUCCCAUGCUCCAAUUUGCAAAACACCCAAUGUGUACCAAUGUGUAGCACCACAACCUACCUGGACGAUGCACUGCAAAUUCAACCCUACCUUACACAGAAAGCGGCACAGGUCCUAAUCCAGGCACUUGUCAUCGCCCGUCUGGAUUACUGCAACUUGCUGUUGGCUGGGCUCCCUGCCUGUGCCAUUAAACCCCUGCAACUUAUCCAGAACGCUGCAGCCCGUCUGGUGUUCAACCUUCCCAAGUUCUCUCACGUUACCCCACUCCUCCGCACACUCCACUGGCUUCCAGUUGAAGCUCGCAUCUACUACAAAACCAUGGUGCUUGCCUACGGAGCUGUGAGGGGAACGGCACCUCCUUACCUUCAGGCUCUGAUCAGACCCUACACUCAAACGAGGGCACUAUGUUCAUUUCACCUGCUAGCACUGACUUGUUUAAAGAAAUGUACUUAUUGUGAUCGAGAUGUAGUUGUCGCUGAUUGCACUGACUUUGCUCACAGCUGCUUAUUUGAAGUACUUACUGUGAUCAAGAUGUGGUUGUCCCACUGGCUAUCCUAAGUUGAAUGCACCAAUGUGUAAGUCGCUCUGGAUAAGAGCGUCUGCUAAAUGACUUAAAUGUAAAUGUAAAUAACAUCCUCUUAAAAAGACACCUUUUUAAAAUCACCCCACAGGAAGCAGAAGUUUUGGCCCUUUAGUUUCUUCGACAAUGGUUAGAUAAGGUUUCUAAGAGAAUGUAUGGCUUGUGUAUUGUUACUGUACCUUUCUAUUGUAGAAGAGGGUUCCUCCUGUUUGUUUGGUGUCCCUUAUCUGAUCACAAAUCUGAGAGAGGGCUGGUGUUUGUGUAUGGUUCUGGGGUCAGGGGUCAGGGGUCAGGGCAUGUAUGUGGCGAGCUGUCUUGGUCCUGACAGUUUCCUCCGCAGGGUUCAGAGACAGCAAUACGGGCCUCCGUCCCCACUCUGUCUCUCCUUUUCUCCCCCCUCCAUCUCCCUCUGCCUUACCCUCUGUUCCUCCGACAUGAUUUAUGAUUAGAGGCUGUUCUCUCAAGGUCCUACAUAAACAUGUCAACUCCCUCCCUCUCUACCUCCUUCCCUCCAUCCCUCCCUCCCUCCCUCCCUCCCUCCCUGAGUCUUCCAAACUCUCCCUCCCUCACCUCUCUGAUGCCUAUCAGUUGUAAACAGUCAGCCAGGGAGAGGGAGGAACAGGCUGGACUUGGCCUGUGAGGUGUACUGUGUUCACCUUGGAUAAAGUCAUGUUCAUGGUAUGAAAGAUGAUUAGAUUGUUGAAUGUUUAGACCUACUGUCUACUGGGGAGACAAUUAGAGGUGUUUGUUGACAUCCUAGAGAUUUGGAUUUACGUUCCAAGAACUUAAAGAUCAAGAACUAACUUACUAUAAACUUGAUAUUGUAUACUGUAGGCCUGUAGGUUAGCCUCUUUAGAAAUGCUGCUUUUGAUGGUCAUUAUGUCCCAUUAUAAGACAUCUAAGAAGGUUGAUCUUUAUAGUGAAAACUGCCAAAGACAUGCUCUUACAGACUUGAUGUCUACUACUCGUUAAAGCCUUUCCUUAUCCUCUCCCGUCCCUUCCAGGGAUAACUAUAGCUAACUAUGUUAAUAUGUGGAUCAUAUUAUAACUGAAAUAAUAUGGCCAUUUUAGUAUUAUUACAGUAGUCAAGUCACAGGGCUGCAUUCAAUGAUGAAGGUAGGAACAUUUUCGGGAAGACCGUAAUUCACCUCAGGUAGUUAUAAUCUGUCUGAACCUUGAACUCUGCUUGUCAAUCCUCAAGCUCAUUCAUUAAGCCCUCUGGAAGAGCUUCAGUUCUUGGCUCUGGCUCUGUGUUCCACGUGUUUGGUUGGUUGUUUUAGUGUUCUCUCUCUCUCUCUCUCUCUCUCUCUCUCUCUCUCUCUCUCUCUCUCUCUCUCUCUCUCUCUCUCUCUCUCUCUCUCUCUCUCUCUCUCUCUCUCUCUCUCUCUCUCUCUCUCUCUCUCUCUCUCUGACAGUAGCAGUUAGCCACCAGACUAGCUAACAGCCCUCUAAUGCUGUUAACCUGAUCAGUAGGCAGUCACCUCUAAGUGAGACCAGUCAGCCCACAGUGCUACGGCUCUGCUCUGUCGGUAGCGCUCUGCCGAAAGAGCUCUGAUAGAUUAUUACUAUUCUCGUAUCCACAGCAGACAGGCAGCCAUUGUCUGGGUGGUGGGGGGGUUGGAUGGAGACAUGUUGGGUUGGGGAAUGGGAUGGGAGGUUGGGGGUGGAGGCCCACUUCUUUUUUGUUUUGUUUUCCUGUUCACACUGAAUGUAUUAUGUAUUAUUAAACUCUAUGUAUUUCUGAAUGUUUUUUUUGUUUUUUUGAGUGGUACUGGUUUUAUACAUUUCUGAUUUGAAAUGGAUAAUGUACCUGUUACCCCCCUAGGAAAAAAAUAAAAAUAAUAAUAAUAAUGUCACAAAAAAAUUAAAUAAAAGACAAGAUAUGAGAGAAUACAGGUCAGAUAAUAACAGGGCAAAAGAUAAAGCUAGUGGACUGGAGAGAUGAAAGGGGGAGAAAGAAAGAGAUGGAGAGCAUGAGGCCAGGCUCAGGGAGAGAAUGAGAAAGUGAGCGCUCAACCAUCAGGCCAUUGUGUGUGUCCUUUGAAGUGUGUGUGUGUGUGUCCUUUGUAGUUGACGCUGGUCCAUGGGAUAGCACAGGCAUUUGAACCUCAGGGUAAUGGUGGAAUGGUGUCUCCUCACAAACCCCUGGCCAAUCAACUAAUAUUUAUUUGUGUUCAAUUAGACAGCAGAGAGGGGGGUAGCACAGGCUUUCAGGCGGUGGAGGAGGGAGGGCUGGUGUUUUGUUGAGGGGCUAGUGGGUCCCUCUUUUUAACGGCAAGCUUAAUUUACUCUUCCCUUCCCCAAAAUCUCUAUCCCUCUCUCGCACUGUUCUCCCAGCAUACUUUGAGAGUGCUUGUGGUGUUGUUGUGUGGUCAGGUCUUCCACCCAGCCCUUAGCCUGUGAUCACAGUAUUACCACUGCAAUGAUGUCAACACACACACACAUACACACACACACAAGCGCAUGCAGGCACGCAAAUACACACACACACUUCUAGAUCUGUUAGAUCAAACCCACUCCCACCAUCUUCAUGUGGGCUCUACUUACAGUAAUAAGCAGUUACAUUUGUAUACUCAGUGCUGUACAUCAAACCGACCGCUAAAUGACUAUAUGUUGUGCAGGUCAUGAAAUGGCCGUCUAAAUGUGUACACAGUACUUAGUUCCAUAAAGGAGACCUUAUUUGUUUAUAUUUGGCACUGUACAUUUAAGGAACCGAUAAUGUAUGUUAUGUGCUUAGUUUUGUCACACCCUUAGCAUACAAAUCCAUCUUGUGUGUUGAGCAGAGGAUGGCUAAAAGAAAGAGAGCGAGAAAGGGAGAGUUGGAGUUGGGUUUAUUUAGAGAAAGCGACAUGGAGAGAGGGAGAGAGGGAUGACAAGGAGGAAGAGGGAGAAGGAAACAGAAUGAAAGAAAGAAGAACAAGACGGGAAGAGAGACAGUGUGUGUGUGUGUGUGUGUGAGUGUGUGUGUGUGUGUGAGUGUGUGUGGCUACAGAGACUACAGAGCAUUCCAGGAUUAGUGUUAGUGAGUGGAGGAGUGCAGCAUGUCAUCCACACCUCUGUGUUGUUUUACUUGGCCAGCCAACAGGAGAAGGCUCCUUCAAGACACACACACACACACACACUGUAGUCUGCCAACAGGAGAAGGCUCCAUCUCAUUCAACACCAGGCCCAGAGCUCACAAUUAGCCCCAAACUAGCAACCAACGGCAACGAGCCAAAAACAUAUUAACUGGAGGAGAGGCAGCAGGAGGCUGGAUGAACUAAUCUCCUUUUCUUCUCUUCUCAUUUUUCUCCUUUCUUCUCUCUCGCUCCAUCCCUUGAUCACUUUAUUGAGUAUGUUCUUUCUGGCUCUGCUUUUGCGCCAACUCUCCCUUUGUCCUACCUAGCAUGUGUCCCUCUGUCCAUCUUCUUCCACUUGCCCUUUCUCUUCCAUUGUCACCCUCUCCCUCUCUAUCUCUUCAUCUUUUCCAUUGCUCUCCCUCGCUGUUUGUCUCUCUCUUUCCUGCGUCUCUCCUUCUUUUCUCUCUUCCUCCAUCCCGCCACUAAGUCUGUCAUCUUUUUAACACGGGGAAAGAACUGAUUGUUCAUUACAGAAACAGAAAACCUAUUAGCUAGCCUAGUACAGGGCUAGCUGUCCUGGGGCACUGUUUGUCUUGGCUCUGUUCACUCUGCUGUAAGCUGCUGAAUUUGCCAUUGACAUAUUUAUUACAACCAAGAGAAACACACACACGCUGGCAAAUGCACAUGCCCGCAUGCGUGCCCACACACAUGCACAAUGGCACACACACGUCCACAUAUGCACACACACACACACACACACACACACGCACACACACACACUGGUACAUAGACAUGCAUGCUCACACACACACACACACACACACACACACACACACACACACACACACACACACACACACACAGACAGACACACACACACCCUAGCCUGCCAACUGGCCCAAUAUCCUGAUCAUUAGCGAGAUUAUACUUUCCUGAAAAAUAUGCAAUAUUAAUUCACGCGUCAUUAACUUCUGUGUGGAAACUGAGGGGAGCAGUUAAGCGUCUCUGGCGGUGGGAUGGAGUCUCACUGAGACAGAGACAAACAGAUUCCAGAUCAGUUUACAGCAGGUUGGUGUCUGUCUCUGUUAAGGUGAUUCACUUUACUUGACAGGUCUUAGAUCAGAAUAUAGCAGGUACAGAGGGUGUCUCUGAUAAGGAGAUUCACUUUAGGUCCUAGAUCAGAAUAUAGCAGGUUGGUGUCUGUUUCUGAUAAGGAGAUUCACUUUAUUUGACAGGUCCUAGAUCAGAAUAUAGCAGGUACAGUUUCUGUUUUAUUUUGUGGAGAUUGAGUCAUCAGCAUACAUAGACACACAGGCUUUACUCAGAGCCAGUGGCAGGUCAUUAAUAAAGAAUCAAAAAAGUAUGUCUAUAGCAGGUACGGUUAUCUCUGUUAUAGAUAUCAUACAGUGGAACUAGCUAAAGUAGGUCCUAGACUAGUGUUUGUCAUUCCCGGUCCUAUCAUUAACACACCUGAUUCAAAUAAGCAACUCAUUAUCAAGCCUUUGAUUAGAAUCGGGUGUGUUAAGGCAAAAACCAAAAUGUGCACUCCUUUGGGUCCCCAGGACCAGGAUUGAGAAACACUUUUCUAAAGCGCCAUACCAUAGCCCUAGUGAAGUUAAUGACAGCCACCAGCUACAGCCCUAGUGAAGUUAAUGACAGCCACUAGCUACAGCCCUAGUGAAUUUAAUGACAGCCACUAGCUACAGCCUUAGUGAAGUUAAUGACAGCCACUAGCUACAGCCCUAGUGAAUUUAAUGACAGCCACUAGCUACAGCCCUAGUGAAGUUAAUGACAGCCACUAGCUACAGCCCUAGUGAAUUUAAUGACAGCCACUAGCUACAGCCCUAGUGAAUUUAAUGACAGCCACUAGCUACAGCCCUGGUGAAGUUAAUGACAGCCACUAGCUACAGCCCUAGUGAAUUUAAUGACAGCCACUAGCUACAGCCCUAGUGAAUUUAAUGACAGCCACUAGCUACAGCCCUAGUGAAUUUAAUGACAGCCACUAGCUACAGCCCUAGUGAAGUUAAUGACAGCCACUAGCUACAGCCCUAGUGAAUUUAAUGACAGCCACUAGCUACAGCCUUAGUGAAGUUAAUGACAGACACUAGCUACAGCUUUAUGAAAAAGACUCUCAUUCCUCUUUAAAGCCUUCUCAGCCUUUUGAAGUUUGGUCUUUUGGUCUGCUCCAAGACACGGGUGUUCCUGGUUUCUACUUUGUUCUAUGUUGUUUCUGAGAUACUAAGAUACUCCGUUGCUCCUGCCACAACCAGCACAUUGAAGAAGGCGUAUGUAUGCAUGUUAGAGCUGACAGAUGCCCGCUCUACUGUAGCUCCAAACAUGUUUGGUCGUUGCUGCUUUAUUGCAUAACCCUCUCACCAGCUGGGUGAGGAAUUCACUAGGCUCACUUCAAAGACAUACCGCACUCCUCUAAUAUACCCCUUUGUUUUGUUUCCAUCCCUCCAUCUCAGAGUAUGAGGAGGAGGAGUGGAGCGACUGGUCGCCGUGCAGCGUCACAUGUGGUCACGGCAACCAGAAACGUAUCCGUUCCUGUGGUUACGCGUGCACGGCGACCGAGUCCCGGACCUGCGACCUGGACAGAUGCCCAGGUGAGAGAGACACUUGUGUGAUGUCAUCAACAAUGGCCGUGUCUCCUGGCUGUGUGAUGUCAUCAGACCUUACCUGUCUCUGGUUGGGUCCCAGUAGUUCCAAAUAGCAUCCUCUAUGUGCCUCCUUUCCUUCACGAUCACUGAUUUCAAAUGACUUUAUACGUGUUAAAGCAAUAGGCUAAAACGUAUCCAGCUUUUCACAUAUUAGUGAUCAGUUGCUUGUGUAUCUUCUACAGUGAUCGUACCAUUAGGCUUUUCCUAAUAGGUCUGCCUGAUGCUUCCGGUACAGGGCUCUUUAUAUCAGUACAGUUGGGACUUGGACAAACAUGAUGUUGAUUCCUGUUAGUGUGUUUAGAAAUGAGCUGCCUGUUCUGUUGCCCUCCUGCAGAGUCCUGGUGUGGACACAGCUCCAUGUCUGUUUUAAAACUCUCAAUGAAGGCUUGUACUGCUACCCAGGAGGGUGUGUGUCUGUGUCUGUGUGUGUGUGUGUGUGUGUGUGUGUGUGUGUGUGUGUGUGUGUGUGGGGGGGGGGGGGGGGCUACUCAGAAACCAUUUUUUUCCUUUGCCUACAGUAUGAGGCUAUCCAUUCAGCAGGUUUCCUAACCAGUGUCCCCUCUCUCUGUAGAUGACCUGUUAGCAGUGACUGAGCGGAUACCUCUGGAGACAACAAAUGGCACUGACUCCCUCGACACAAGUAUGUUUGUUGCAAUGUGUAUAUGACAAGUUUGUGUGUGUGUGUGUGUUUGUGUGUGUGAGUACGUGUGUGUGUGGCUGUGUACCUAUUUUCUGUAGCCAACAUGGCCCGUUCUAGUAUUUGGGGGGCCUUAAUGGUCUGUUCCGUUUAGGGGGGUUUAAACUGCUCUACUGGGGCACCAAUCAUAGAGAAACUAUGAGUCCAGUUGGGGUAAUCAGAAUUUUCCCUCCCUCCAUCGCGUUAAGGAUUGCUCCACUGAGAUUGUUGCAAAGCCCAUGAAAAACCCAACUGUUCCUCCAAGAAAUGUUUGAAUUGCUUUUUAGUUUGUCUUUUAUUGCUCUCCCUACGUCUGGCACAGGCCAGUGAAAAGGGAUAGCUCUUUUCACUCUGGGCAAAAAUAACAAAGAAUGCGCAACGAAAACAUAACAAGAUAAAGUGUCAGAAGUUUUUUUUUGUUCAUUCCCCAAUCCACUACGGAACAUAAAUGUUUAUAAUGAAUAGGUUCCAACUUGACCGCAGCCUCCAGCAUUUUAUUCUCUAGCACCGAGGAUGGCUGUCGCUGUGUUUUUCAACCCGCUCUCAUUUGCUCUCCAUCAUCUUUGAGAGCUUUGCAGGCCCCCGGUUCAAAGUAAAGGGCUUUAACACGCUGAAAUCACUCCUUUAUACUUGGAAAGUCUCUCUCUGGUUUCCUCAGGGUUACCAAUGCUGUAACAUAUAAUCCUCCCCGAAAGUAAUCUUUUUAUUAUGGCCAAAACCUGAGCUGUUGAAAGAGAGCGUUUGAUUAUAGCUGCGUUCACUCUUUAAUACACUUACUAUAGAUAGAUUAAUCAUUCAUUGUAGUAGAUAAUUUCAUGGGUGUAUACACUGUAUAUAUUCUAUAUCCUGGAAAAUGUACUAAAUAUGGUCCGAAUCCAAAUGUUUUAAAUAUACGCAUUGAAAAUGUGAUGUUUCACAUAAAUCAUGCAUCAAUGUCGAUGGGUGAUUUGUGCGAAAGUUCAUGCUUUGUGUGUGCCUCAAGCUAUGAUUCAACUCUAUAUGUGUGCAUCACUUAUAGUAGCAGGUGCUUACAGUGUAUGUUUCUGUGCUUAUUGAUAGUUAAUUGAUUGCUGCUGAUCAUUGAUUGAUCCUUAUCGAUGGCCUACUGACUGUUGUGUUAUUGAUUGAUAGUUGAUUAAUCAUCUGUUGACUCCUAUAUGAUUGAUCUCCUCCCCAGACGUGGACAGCUGUGAGAAGUGGCUGAGCUGUAAGAACGACUUUCUCCAGAAGUACCUCCACCAGGUGCUGACUGAACUACCCAGCUGCCCCUGCUCCUUCCCGUCCGAGGCCGUCUACAGCGCCGUCAACAUCUUCGACAAGACGCUGCGUAAGACCUACCGCUGGCGUGACGCCUCCGGCCCCAAAGAACGGCUGGACAUCUACAAGCCCUCCGCUCGCUUCUGCACACGCUCCAUGCUCUCCUUUGACAGCACCACGCUGGCCGCGCAGCACUGUUGCUACGAUGACCACAUGAAACUGAUCACACGGGGGAAAGGGGCGGGCGCGCCAAAUCUCAUCAGUACGGAGUUCUCACCGGAGCUGCAUUACAAAGUGGACGUGCUGCCCUGGAUCCUGUGUAAAGGGGACUGGAGCCGCUUCCACUCGGUGAGGCCGCCCAACAACGGGCUGCAGUGUGCCCACAACCCCCCAGAGGACGUGUACCAGGCUGAGCUAGAGGAGGCCCGGGAGUACUGA